AUGUCAGGCAGACGUGUGGCCUCACCGACUGCAACCGCCCUCACUAAGCGAUCUGGAACUACCGGAAACAAACGACUCGCUAAGAUGACAGCACAAUGGGCUAAAAGGACAGUGUUACGGUUUACGCCCAUCAGCCUUCUCAUCGCUUCAUUAGCAAUGGCUCUAGCAAUCGCUCUCUCCAUAGGUCUCACUUAUCACUUCGUGCGAAAUGCUUAUGACACCUCACACAAUGGAAAGGAUCACCCUGGAGGUCAUGACAAUUCUCCUUCUGCAGAAGAACUACGUCUUCCGAAAAGCGUAAUACCGUUGCUAUACGACUUGAGCAUCAAAACGUAUCUGCCCAAUUACGUGGAUUUUCCGCCAGAGAAGAAUCUCACCUUUGAUGGACAAGUGGAAAUCUCCAUGGUGGUGAUGGAACCAACCAGAAGUAUUGUGCUGAAUGCGAAGAAUAUCACUGUGAUACCAGAGAAAUGCGAG